AUGUGUAUAAUUGAUCCCAGCUCUAUUUUCGCAUGUGCGACUUUGGGUUGCGGGGUGUUAAGUACCGCCUAUCUAGCAUCAAAUAUCAAUAAAAUUCCUCACCCAUCAGAAUGUGGAUUGAUUGGAAGAUUGUGUCUUAUGACCAAGAUUCACUCACAUGAACCCCUUGAACUAACAAUCAAGUUCAAAAACGCCACUUCUGAAUUUGGAAAGGGGAAUUAUUUCAUCGAAGUUGUUUCAGGCAGGUUCAAAUAUGCCACCGAUUAUUUUAAACCCAAAAACAAUGAACUAGUACUUAAUGUUGAUUUGCCAGUACACUUAAGACAAUGCGAUGACCACAUAACCAUUAACCUGUACAAGCAUCACUUGAUGAAAAAUAAGCUUUGGGGCACAUUAAAACUCACACUUGAUAAUAUUUUAAAUAUACCAAGACAAAGACGAUAUACCUUGGAAGGAUCACCACCUACCCAUAUAUUUUUUUCAAUAAAUAGGUUCGGAUCGGACCUCGUGGAGGAAAUGGAAUCGCCCUUAAAAAAGUAUGCACUUAUAGAGCUACAAAACGAUGGAGAAAAGGACGUGCAAGGAUAUAUGUCAAAGUAUCUAAAUAAUAGUUCCGAAAACAAAAAGCUUAGGUUUUAUUCGUCCGCAGUCUCAGGCGAACUAGAGAUCAUGAAUGAUUUAACCAUCAAUUAUAAGGAAUUCUAUUUUAAAGCAAUUGAACUCACUUCAGGCUACUGGGUCUGGUGUUAUUGGAAGAAUAGAGAAGACUACAAGAAUAAAAAAGAGGAGAAAGGGUACAUACCUAUAAGGUCAAUUAGUUUAGUUAAAAAGGAUAGGAAAAAGAAUGACAGAUUUUAUGUCCGCUAUCAAGAUAUGAGAGGAUACAAUCAAGAGUUUUUCGCAAAGAGUAUUAAUCGCGACAGAAAUUCAUGGGUAGAUUGCCUAAACGAGUUUAUACAAAUGGCAAGAACAGUUUUCGAGAAUACCGACAGGUACCAACUGUUGAAGUUACAGCUAAAUUCCGAGCCUAAUGCCUUCAAGAAAGUCAUGGGUGCAUCACCGAGGUUUAAGUUAGUUGGUCUAGACUCUGGAUCAUCAGAGGAAGAUUACAAAGAUGAGAACCCAGACUUCAAUUCAGAUGAUUUAUACAAUAAAAUUGGUGAAAAUUCCGACGAAGAGGAUCUUAAGUACCCAGACAAAUCUGAGGAUUCUCAAUACACAUCGCUAGAAAAUAACAUUCUGAAAAGCAACAUAAAAUUUAUGGAAUCCAAUCUCUACAGACAAAUUUAA